AUCCGUGAGAGCUGUCUCUUAUUAUAUCAAAGAAUAUUCCUUGUUUUCUUGCCGUGCUUGUCACUUUGUCUGUGUGCUCUGAAUAUGAUGAACGCUGUAGAGACAGAGAACAUGGAGAACGAGUGCAUCAAGAGUCACCACAUGCAGGAGGAGCUUUUGGAGAAUCAGUGUAGCUUGAGGCUCGUUAAGCACAUCAAAGCUCCUCUUCAUCUCGUGUGGUCAAUUGUGAGGAAAUUCGAUCAACCACAAAAAUACAAGCCGUUUAUUAGUAGUUGCGUGGUCAAAGACAAGAAGUUGGAGACUGGUGCGGUAAG